AUGUGCCUGGAGGAGGAGGAGGAGGAGGAGGAGCUCCAUGUUUACAGCGUUGGGAUCACAGCCAUUCUGGCAGCAGGUGCCAGCGCCCUGGGUGUACCCAUGGAGCUUUUGGGUCAGAUGCUGAGCGACCAAGCCGAGGAGCAGCAGGGCCCCGCGGUGCCGCCGCCUCUCCCCAGGCGAGGCCCCGGUGCCACCGCCGCGGGUAUUUUUAGCAGUGACAUGUGUCACCUCAGCUGCCACCGCGCCGGGGGCGGGGGGAGGCGGCCGCUGACCCUCUCGGUGCUGCCGGUGCUGCCGCUCUGGGCUCGCCGGGAUCCCGGUGCCGGUGUGGGACACCAGCACCCACCGCCCCCGCCAGCACCGUCCUGCCUCGCCGCCACCAUGGCCAUCUCCUCGCGCCUCGCGCUCUGGGAGCAGAAGGGAAGUCUCAGUCCUGGCACUGCUGCUGUUAUCCGUGACGAGGACCGGGGGCCACCCCCGUCUGCUCCCCCCCUGCUCCUGUCGGUCAUCCCCGGGGGUUUCAUCAAGCAGCUGGUGCGGGAGACUGAGCAGGAGGCCAAGGAGGCGAGGAGGAGAAAGGAGAGCAGGGUGGGCACCAAGGAGGAGCCCACGGGGAAGGACGGAGAGCCCCGAGCAGGGGCGGGCAGCGAGGGGCCCCUGAGGAAUGGGCUGAAGGCAGAGGGGCAGGGGGGCAAGGGGCCCACAGCCCCCCCAAACAAGGAGCUGCCCCCUGUGCCGGGGACUGUCCCCAGCAAAACCCCUGCACCGGGCCCAGCAGAGACACCCCCCAAAAAACCAGAGACAUCCCCCAAAACAGCAGCGCCUGCCCCCAAAUCGGCAGAAACACCCCCAAAAAGAGCAGAGACCCCCUGCAAACCAACAGUGACAUCCUCAAAACCAGAAACAUCCCCCAAACCAGCAGAGACCACCCCCAAACCAGCAGAGACCCCUCAGCCAGGGGCUCCCAAGGUGGGAAAGAUUUUGUGGCCCAGGAAGAGCCUCAAGGACACUUUCCUGGGGGGCAGCCCCCCAACUCCAGCCCCUGCACCCAGCCAGGGCCCCCAGCGUGGCAGCAAAGGGCCAGGGAAGGAAGGGGACACCCCCAAGGGGACAAACCCUGAGAGCAGCAAGAAGGAGAAGGGGACAAUCCUUGAGAACACCAAGAAGGAGAAGGGGACAAUCCCUGAGAGCACCAAAGAGAAGGGGACAAUCCUUGAGAGCACCAAGGAGAAGGGGACAGUCCCUGAGAGUACCAAGAAGAAGGGGACAAUCUCUGAGGGCACCAAGAAGGAGAAGGGGACAAUCCCUGAAAGCAGCAAGAAGGAGAAGGGGACAAUUCUUGAGACCACCAAGGAGAAGGGGACAAUCCUUGAGACCACCAAGGAGAAAGGGACAAUCCUUGAGACCACCAAGAAGGGGACAAUCCUUGAGAGCAGCAAGAAGGAGAAGGGGACAGCCCUGAGGCACGAGGAGCCCCCAGCCAAGGGGAAGGCCCAGAGGGAGCUGUUGUCAGCCAGGAAAGAGCCAGAGAAGAUGAAGAAAGAUGUUGGAGGUGGCAAGCCGGAGCCGAGGGAGGUCAAAAAGCCUGAAAAAGCCACAAACAAGCCAGAGGCUCUCAAGGGGGAGCCGGGAGGAAUGCAAGAGAAGCCCACAGAUGUGGGAAGAGAGGUGGGGAAGGUGAAGGAGGAGCUGGGGAAGGGUAAAGAGAUGCUGAAAGAGAGCAAAGGGAUCGGCAAGAGCACAGACAAGGACCAGGCUGAAGAAACAUCGGGAAGGAGCCAAGAGAUGAGCAAGAGCAUGGAGAAGGAGCAGGAUGGGGAGGCAUCAGGCGAGAGCACGGACAAGGACCAGGCUCCGAGGGACGUUUGGUACGAAGCAGAGAAGGUGUGGCUGAUGCAGCAGGACGGGUUCACACUGGCCACACAGCUGAAACCAGACGUGGGGACACCGGAGCUGCCAGCAGGGAGGGUGAGGGUGCGCCGGGACGAGGAUGGCACCGUCACCGAGGUGGACGAGGACAGCGUGCAGAGGACCAACCCCCCCAGCCUGGACCAGGCCGAGGACCUGGCUGCCCUCAUCAGCCUCAACGAGUGCAGUGUGAUGCACACGCUGCGGCAGCGCUUCCGAGCCCGCCUGCCCUGCACCUACGCGGGGCCCAGCCUGGUGGCCAUCGCCACUGCGACCGCCGAUAGCACGGGCAAGAUUCCCAGGGGGAAGCGGGACAACCUCCCCCCCCACAUCUGCUCGCUGGCACACAGAGCCUACAGGAACCUGCUGCUGCAGAGGCAGGACCAGGCCAUCGUGCCCCUGGGGCACAGCGGGGCUGGCAGGACCCGCUGCUGCCAGAGAGCCCUGGAGUACCUGGUGGGCACGGCGGGCAGCCUGGAUGGCAGGGUCACAGUGGAGAAGAUCCAGGCCAUGUUCACAGUGCUGGGAGCCUUUGGCUCGGUGAGCACCGGGCACAGCAGCAGCUCCACGCGCUUCUCCAUGGUCCUGUCGCUGGAUUUCAGUGCCACUGGCCAGGUCACCGCUGCUCACCUCCAGACCCUGCUGCUGGAGAGGGCCCGUGUUGCCCAGCAGCCCGAUGGAGAGAGCAGCUUCAACAUCUUCCCACUGCUGCUGGCAGGGCUGGAUGUGGCAGAGAGGACGAUGCUGCACCUGCACCAGGUGGCUGAGAGCAAUUCCUUUGGGAUCAAGCCCUUCACAAAGCCUGAGGACAAGCAGAGAGCCCUGGUGGCCUUCUCCCAGCUCCGGGCUGCCAUGGGCACGCUGGGCAUCACCGCGGAGGAGCAGGCGGCCGUGUGGCGUGUCCUGGCUGGAAUCUACCACCUGGGAGCUGCUGGAGCCUGCAAAGUGGGCAGGAAGCAGUUCCUGAGGUUCGAGAGCGCCAGCCGCGCUGCCGAGGUGCUGGGCUGCGACGUGGAGGAGCUCGGCAGCGCCGUCUUCAAGCAUCACCUGAGGCACAUCCUGGCGCAGGUGACAGCGCGGGGCCGGCCCCAGGCAGAGGAGAGCCCGCCAGGGCUGAAGAUGACGGGAGUGGAGUGUGUGGAGGGAAUGGCCUCGGGGCUCUACGAGGAGCUCUUUGCUGCUGUGGUCUCGCUCAUCAACAGGUCCUUCUCCUCCCAGCACCUCUCCAUGGGCUCCAUUUCCAUCGUGGACACCCCUGGCUUCCAGAGCCCGCGGCAGCAGCGGCGCGAGCGAGCGGCCACCUUCGAGGAGCUGUGCCACAACUACGUCCAGGAGAGGCUGCAGGGGCUCUUCUAUGAGAAAACCUUCCUGAGGGAGAUAGAGAGGUACAGAGAGGAAAAUGUUGAGGUGUCUUUUGAUCUUCCAGAGCGCUCUCCGCUGGCCACGCUGUCCAUCAUCGACCUGAGCUGCUCCCAGCCGCAGGUGCUCAAGGGCAGCGCUGGGGAUGCUCGCCGGGGGCUGCUGUGGAUCCUGGAUGAGGAGGUGCUGGUGCCAGGCUCUGGGGAUGGCACUGCCUUUGAGCGCCUCUGCUCCUACUUCGCCACCAAGGCGCCCCACCAGGACGGUGAGGGGCACCUGCGCAGGUGUGAGCAGAUGCUGCACUUCGAGAUCUGCCACCAGCUGGGCACGGCCCCCGUGCGCUACGACCUCACGGGCUGGGUCAGCAAGGCCAAGUUCAACCUGUCGGCCCAGAAUGCCAUCCAGGUGCUGCAGAACUCCACGGUAUCCGCCGUGCGGGAGCUGGUGCGGGCUCGGGCGGAGGCUCCGCUGUGCUGCCCUGCCCUGGCCGGGCUGGAGGGGCGCUCCCAGGCCAACCUGCACCGCAACGCGUGCCUGAGGAAAACCUUCUCCAGCAGCUUGGCCGCCGUGAGGAAGAGGUCGGUGUGCGCGCAGAUCAAGCUGCAGGCGGAUGCCCUCACCAACCUCCUCCGGCGCUCCCAGCUGCACUUUGUGCACUGCCUGCUCCCGGGGAUGGGCGGGGAAGGGCCGGUCCCUCGGCCCCCAGCGCCGCCAGAUGCAGCCCCACAGCUGGACGUGGUGGCCCUGAGGACACAGCUGGAGGGGACCCAGCUCCUGGAUGCCCUGCGCCUCCACCGUGUCGGCUAUUCGGACCGGCUGCUCCUCACCCAGUUCCGCAGGCGCUUCCAGGUGCUGGCUCCCGAGGUGAUGAAGAAGCACAACUCUGCCUAUGAGGUGCCAGAUGAGAGCAAGGCCAUCGAGGAGCUGUUCCAGGCGCUGGAUCUGGAGAAGAAGAGCGUUGCCAUAGGACGCACCCAGGUGUUCCUGAAGCCGGGGGUGAUCUCCAGGCUGGAGAAGCAGCGGGACAAGCUGAUAGCCCAGAAGAUGACUCUGCUCCAGGCUGCCUGCAAGGGCUUCCUCAGCCGCCAGAAGUUCAAGAGACUGAAGAUCCAGCGCCUGGCCAUCCGCUGCAUCCAGAAGAACCUGCAGGUGUUCCAGGCAGUCAGGCACUGGCCCUGGUGGCAGCUGCUGGGCCACCUGAGGCCCCUGCUCAGUGUGAACCUCGCUGAGGAGCAGCUCCGUGCCAAGGAGGAGGAGCUGGCGGCGCUGAGAAGGAAGCUGGAAAAAUCCGAGCAGGCGUGCAGCGAGCUCAGACAGACUACAGAGAGCUUGGAGAGCAAGAUCAUCGACCUGACCACGGAGCUGUCGGACGAGCGCUACAAGGGCGAUGUCACCUGCCAGGCCCUGGACGGGGAGCGGGCAGAGCGGCUGCGGGGCACCCGCGAGCUGCAGGAGCUGCAGAGCAAGCACGACCAAGUGCAGAAGAAGCUGGAGUCGGUGGAGAAGCAGCUGGAGGAGGCGCAGCAGCUGGUGCAGCUGCGUGAGAUGAAGAUCAGCGGCUCUGGAGGAGAGGACGAGUGGCAGGUGAGGUUUGACUGUGCCCAGACCGAGAUCGUUUUCCUGCGGAAGCGGCUGGCGCAGCUGGAGGAGCGGCUGGAGGCAGAGCUGGGCACCAGGACAGGGCUGGAGCAAAAGCUGGCUGAGGCACAGGCAGCGUGCCAGGCGGCGCGGGACGGGGCGCAGCGGCUGCGGCGGCGCUGCCAGCGCCUGGCCUGCGAGCUGGAGGACGCCCGGGUGCUGGCUGAGAGCCAGCAGAGCCGCAGCCACGAGCUGGAGAAGAGGCAGAAGAGGUUUGACCUGCAGCUGGCCCAGGCCCUGGGGCAGUCUGCCUUCGAGAAGAGCCUCCGUGAGAAGCUGUCCCAGGAGAACACCAGCAUCCGCUGGGAGAUGGGCAAACUGCAGCAGAGCCUGGAGCACAAGGAGGCCGAGGUGGCCAGGCUGGAGCAGCAGGUGGCCGUGUUGGCCAGCCGAGUGCAGGAGCUCAGCGCCCCCGGGGCCAUGGACACGGUGCCUGGGCUCAAGAAGAAGCUCUGGGACCUGGAGGGCAGCGCUGCUGAGCAGAAGAAGGAGCUGGAGAGGCAAACAGCUGCUGUAGAGCACCUGGAGCAGCUCCACGAGAGGCUGGAGCUGGAGAUGGAGAGGAUGAAGCAGAUCCACCAGAAGGAGCUGGAGGACAAGGAUGAGGAGCUGGAGGACACGCAGAAGUCCUGCCAGAAGAGGCUGCGGCAGCUGGAGAUGCAGCUGGAGCAGGAGCACGAGCAGAGGCAGAUGGUGCUGCACGAGAAGCACGACCUGGAAGGGCUCAUUGGCACCUUGUGUGAGCAGAUCGGCCACCGCGACUUCGACGUGGAGAAGCGGCUGCGGCGGGACCUGCGGAGGAGCCGGGCGCUCCUGGCCGAUGCUCAGCUGCUGCUGGCGGCCCCAGCCGGGCCCGGGGGCAGCGCUCCGGAGCUGGAACACCUGCGCAAACAGUUGGAAGAGAGCGAAGCCAAGUGUGCAGAGGCCCAGAGAUGCCAGCAGACAGCAGCCCAGGAGCUGGAGAACCUGCACACGGAGCUGGAGACCCUCAGCAGAAGCAAGACCCUGGUGGACGAGCAGCUGUUCCAGCUGCAGCACGAGCGAGCCGACCUGCUGAAGCGCAUCGAUGAGGACCAGGAGGACCUGAACGAGCUCAUGGAAAAGCACAAGGCUCUGAUUGCCCAGUCGGCCACGGACAUCGCUCAGAUCCGGGAGCUGCAGACGCAGGUGGAGGAUGUGAAGAAAGAAAAGCAGAGCCUGCAGGAGAAGCUGCAGGCAGCUCAGGCCAGGGCAGCCCAGCUGGAGCAGUGCCCGGCCGAGCGCUCCAUCGUCAGCCGGCAGGAAGCUCGGAUCCGGGACCUGGAGAGCCAGCUGGACUUCCAGGCCGUGCAGAUGAAGCGCUUCGAGGUGCUGGUGCUGCGCCUGCGGGACAGCAUCAUCCAGAUGGGAGAGGAGCUGGAGAAGGCGGCCGAGUCGGAGGCGCGGGAGAGGGAGAGCAGCAGGUACUACCAGAGGAGGAUGCAGGAGAUGAAGGCUGACAUGGACGAGCUGGUGCAGAGGGAGCUGGAGUCCAGCCGCCGGCGCGUGGAGCUGGAGCAGCAGCUGGCAGAGCUGGCGGAGGCGCGGCAGGGGCUGCAGGCUGACCUGGGCACCUCCAUGCGCCGCAUCGCAGACCUGCAGGUGGCCCUGGAGGGGCUGAGGGACAGCGACGACAGCGACGCUGACAGGGAUGCCUGCUCCACUGUUGGCUCCGUGCUCAGCCUGGAGCCUGCAGAGAGUGUCAAGUCCUGGCCGAGCUCCUCCUCAGGCUGGACGUCCCUGCUGAGUGCCAGCGUGGCCGGGAGCGUUCCAGCACCAUCCGUGGGCAGCCGCAGCACCCAGAGCCUCAGGGUGAGCAGAGACACCAAGGACCCCGCUCCGAGCCGCCCUCUCUCCUCCCGGAGCUCUGCCCGCCCCACCGAGGCAGCAGAUCCGGGGAGAACCACGAGUCCCCUGCUGGCGGCCAGAAGACGGGAAUUUGGGAAACCUCAGGCAGAAGAAGAGGAGCUGGAGAGCCCAAAGAAGCCGGUGGAUAGGAUAGGAGACUCAUCCCCAUCGCUGCUGCGCGGGGUGUCCCCGCCGGUGCCCAGCCGGAGGAGGCUCUCGGUGGCAUCGGGGUCGGUCCCGGUGGCAUCGGGGUCGGUCCCGGUGGGCUCGGGGCCGGUGCCCAGCUCUGCCGCCCUCUCCGAGUACGUGGAGGAGCUGCGGCGGCAGCGGGAGCCGGGUUUGGGGGACGCGUCCCCGCUGCCCAUUUACCGCACCACCGGUGCCGCGGCCCUGCGGCGCUCCAGGGCUGCCCUGGAGGAGCCCCCGGGGAGGCUGGAGGGGGAGCGGGCAGGGGAUGGAGAGGGAGCAGGUGCCAGCCUCACCCGCUCCUCCAGCCUGCGGAGCAUGGCCUCGGAGCCGGCCGGGCCCCCGCGUUCCCCAGUGCUCAAAAAGGCAUCGAAAUUCGGCUCCUACGAGUCCCUCCUGCCGGGCCUGGACGGCUCCGGCCGCCGGCCGAGCUCCCCGGCUGCGGGGAUGGAGGUGCCGCGGCUGAGCUCCUGGAGGAGCUGCCUGGAGCCCUCGCUGGAGGACGUGGAGCUGGGCAAGGAGCCGGAGGGAUUGCUGGGCGAGGGGAAAGGGAGCGACCCCUUCAGCUGGAGAAUCCCCACGCUCAACUACGAGAGGAGAACCAAGGUUGACUUCGAUGAUUUCGUGCCGGCCAUCCGCAAGUCGCGCUCGGCCAGCAGCCUGGGCAGAGCCCGCAGGGACCGGAGGGACCCCCGGGCCCUCACCGUGCGCUUCGAGGACGAGGCCAUCGCCUCGGGCAGCCUGGAGCCCUCCGACACCAAGGGCACGGCCAAGGGCAGGGAAGAGCCCGGGGAUGUCUCCGACGCCUCCUCAUCCUCGGGCUCGCAGCGCUCGGCCCGCAGCGCCGACAGCGUCAAGCGGCGGCCGCAGCCCCCGAGGGCGGCCGGGGAGGGCUCCAGCGGCAGGGCCGGCAGCCAGGGCAGCGCCGCGAGCCGCCGAGCCGAGGCCGAGGGCAGGGAGGACGAUGUCAGCAGCAUCAUGAAGAAAUAUCUGGGCAAAGAGUAAGGAAGCAAAUUUGCAUAAUGCAACGUCCCAAUUUCUGCAGGAUCCGUUUCCAUCGAGCCCCAACCCGCAGUGACGAGGAGCCACGAUGGGCACACAGCAUCCCUGCUCCUGGCAGAACCACCUCACGUGAGCAGAGACUGCAGAAGGCUCCACAGAAGUCAUGGGAUGGUUCUACAAACUUAUUUUGGUCCUGGACACACCGUGGUUUCCUCAUGCUCCUGCCCCGUUUCCCAGCUUUGCUCAGGGCCAGCCGCGGGGACAAGGACUUUCCUGUUCUCCCGCAGUUGUUUGACUUGGGAGUUGGUGCUUAAAUUCAACCCCAGCGGCUGCCACAGAUGCUGAGGAUGUGCCAUGGCCUGGGAAAGCCGCUCUGAGGGGAGCUGGGGGGACACCAAACCCCUCCCUUGUAACCCAGAGCUGCAGCCCAGGUGUCUCAUCCCACGCUGCACUGCCCGAAAAUGCAGCUAAUCCUGAGGAUGCUCUUGGGUCUCAGUGUGACACCCAGCAACAGCAGAGCUCUGAAACUUUGAUAAUUCCACAGGUAUUUGAUGGAUCCAUCUGUGCUUCCAUGGCUGCAGCCUGUGGGGGACACCUGGGCACAUCCCAGUGGUUUGCAAGGCACAUGGGUGAUGGAGGGGCUCUUUAAUGUCUGCUUGGUUUUUACACAAUAAAAUAUUUGCUUCUUU